AUGGCGAUGAUGAUGACUGGCCGUGUGCUGCUGGUGUGUGCCCUCUGCGUGCUGUGGUGCGGUGUAUUUGGAAUUGCGGCCGAAGAAGUUGGCGGUGCCGAUGGCAGUGCGGUUGAGUAUUCGUUCGCGGGACGGCACGUUCAGCUGCGGAGGGGUUGCGCGGAGGAAGUCAACAGGAGGACAGGAGGCGGUGCGAAUGCGUCCGCCGUUGAGGAAUGCGUGCGUCGAGGGACGGACGGUGUGCGUGCCGUUGUGGAUGGCCGUAGCCGUUGGAGGCGUCAACAGUUUGCCGUGGCUGCUGCUGCUGAUGGUGUUGGUGAUUCUGGUGAUAAAAGUGGCGAAGGCAGCGAUGUCAAAUUGAAGGUAUUAUCUUCUUCAGACCAGAUGUUGGAAGCGGGACAAGAUCCAGAAGAGGGACAGGAACAUACAGGUUCACCGGAAGUGACGAAAACGUUGGAAACAAACAAGGAUUCACAAAAAACAGAAGAACAGAAUGUCAGUCCAGAUGGCGAUCGUUCCAAACAACCUGAGAGUCAAGAGCCAGCAGUCGGCCAACCGGAAGGUGAGGGAAACACGAGAAAUCCCCAACCACGACAACCACCACCAGGAACAAACAAAUUACAGUCAGAAGAAACACAUCCACCAAUUACGGCGGAAAAACAUUCAAAGUCACAAGACGGACGUCCCGCACAAGAAACGAAGGUGCUCCAAACGAAAGGUUCAACAAAGCACGAGGAAGGAGCAUCCUCCUUGCAUUCAUCGGAGAACGUAUCGCAUUUGAGUCGAGAAAGUACAACACCAUUAUCUACCUCCACAGAGAGCAGUAAUAUUGCCGGAAGCACGGUGGAGAAAAGUGGUGCUAAAAAUUCCAAAACUACUGCCGCCUCAGUGACACAACACGAUUCCGAGGGAGAUACUGGCCCCGCUGCUCUGCCAGCCAGCACCAGUGAAUUGCAAUCAGAUGAAAUAUCUAACGCUGGUAUAAUUGCCGCGACACAUCGUGACGGCGACGACGACAGCAGCCCUGCAGCUUCUAUUGCUGAAAGGCCUACCGCUGGCACAAGAAGCACUAAAGCCUCUGGUGAUGCGAGUGACCUUGACCAGUCUAAUAACGACGACGUCAAUGAUGACGUGGCACACAACGGUAAGACCGCAGAAUUUGAAGCCGCCUCAGGAACCAGGGACAAUAAGGCAGAUAAUAAUGAGAGAUACACAGCAGUAACAGAGAACGCCACCAAUAAAUCAAGCAAUACAGAGACCACAGCAGACAGCGACAGCAGCACCGCGGUCUCCCACACCACCUCCCCUCUUUUGCUUCUUCUUGUUGCGUGUGCUGCUGCUGCUGCGGUGGUGGCCGCGUGA